AUGUGGUUUGAGAACGAAAACGAUACUGAUAGCGAUGUGGUUCCAGUCAUGGCCCCUAAACAGAAGGGUGGCCAAAAGCCCAAGACAAACACGGCGGAUGAAGUGGAAGAGACCUUCCAGGCGGUGGUGCUUGCGGAUACUUUCGAGACACGAUUUGAACCGUUCACACGCGACAAGCCCCGAUGCCUCUUGCCGCUCGCGAAUACGCCUCUGAUCGAAUACACACUUGAAUUCCUAGCCAAUGCAGGUGUGGAAGAGGUGUUCCUCUAUGGAGGCGCGCAUUCAGAUCAAUUGGAGAAAUAUCUCAAUGCCUCAAAAUGGAGAGCCCUGUCAUCCCCCUUCAAACAACUCAGCUUCCUCAAGUCGACAUCUACUUCCGUCGGUGACGUUAUGCGCGACCUGGAUGGCAAGCACCUCAUCACUGGAGACUUCAUUGUUGUGAGCGGCGAUGUGAUCAGCAACCUGCCUAUCGAAGGGGCUCUAGCCCAACACCGGAAGCGUCGGGAGUCCGACAAGAAUGCAAUCAUGACCAUGGUGCUGAGGGAAGCCGGCCUCAACCAUCGGACCAAGUCAUCCUCGGUCUCCCCAGUUUUCGUGAUUGACCCUACCAAGGACCGCUGUCUCCACUACGAGGAAAUCGACCACCAUAAUCAUGACGAACAGCCAGCUCGUCUGAACAUUGACUCUGAACUCAUUUUGUCAAACCUUGAGCUCGAUAUUCGCCAAGAUCUGAUUGACUGCAGCAUCGAUAUUUGUACCCCAGAUGUACUGAGUUUAUGGUCGGAUAGUUUCGAUUACCAGUCACCCCGCAAGCAUUACUUGCACGGUGUUCUUAAGGACUACGAACUGAACGGCAAAACCCUCCACACUUACAUCAUUAAGGAUCACUAUGCUGCACGCGUACGCAACCUGAAAGCUUACGACGCCAUCAGCAAAGAUAUCCUUGCGCGCUGGACAUACCCUCUGUGUCCAGACACAAACUUGCUUCCGGGGCAUUCCUAUGAUCUUCGCAAGGGCAGCUUGUAUCAAGAGAAGGGCGUGACCCUGGCACGAUCUUGCGUGAUUGGUCGCCGCACAGUUAUCGGAAAAGGAACAAGCAUCGGCGACCGAACAGAAAUCAAGAACACCGUCCUGGGCCGCAAUUGCAAGGUUGGCCGCAAUGUCAAACUGGAGGGUGCCUACAUUUGGGAUAAUGUUGUGAUUGGCGAUGGGGUAGAUGUUCGAGGGGCCAUUAUUGCCGACGGCGUGGUCCUCGGGAACAACUGUACCGUUGCAGCCGGUGCUCUUCUUUCAUACGGCGUGAAAAUUGCAGACGGUAUCUCAAUUGAAAGCGGGAAGCGAAUUACAAGGACACGGAUUGAUGGAACCGUGGGCAAGAACGAUCCUGCGGUUGUUGGUGAAGGUGGUGAGGGCUAUGAGUUCAUCCAUGGCGAAGAAGAGGAUGACGAUGACGACGAUGAUGUGAGCGUUGCUUCGUCGGGACUUGUCUACCGCAUGCCAGGUCUCUCACUCUCAUCUGUCUCUAUCUCAACCCUUUCAUCUGAUGUUUCAGAUAACUCCUGGGGACAAUCUGAAGGGAGCCUACUCUCUGAUGAUGAGGAGUCAGACAACUUCCACCAUGACGCAUCAAUCAGCUUGUACGACAGUCUGCGCGAAGGGGUGGCAGCGGACGUGGUUCAGCUUGAGCUGGUCACAUUACGUAUGACUGCCAAUGCCUCGGACAACCAGGUCCGUCGGGCUAUUGUUGAGGCGUUUAUGAAGCAUAUCGAGCAGCUCAUGGAGGGCGGCAAGGGAGCCGGGCCUGCCGUCAACGGGGUCUUUAACGCAUACAAGGAAGUCAUUGAGCGCACCCUCUUUGACCGCACCAAGGAUCAAAAGAAUGAUCAGGUUGAUUUGCUGCUUCUCCUCCAACAGGAUCUUGUGAAUCGCAACAAGGGAGACACAGUGCUUCUGUUCACAGCCAAGUCUCUCUAUGAACUUGAGCUUGUUGAGGAGGAGGCAUACGAUCAGUGGUGGAACGAUGAGCGCUCUAGCAACACCGAGGAGAUGCGCACUGUUCGCACCCAGGCUCAGCAAUUUGUUGACUGGCUGGCCGAUGCCGAGGAAGAAAGUAGCGAGGAGGAAGAUAGCGAGGAGGAGAGUGAUGAAGAGUAG